CCGAAUAACCUCGUUUUUUAAGCCGGUGUCCGCCAAUCAGAUGUUACGCGUCUGUCACGCCCCCAUUGACUUCCUGGAUGAAUUAUAAUUACAAGACUAUAAUUAAAUUGAUUUUGUGGCUUUUCCCCUCCUGAUAUACUUGUGUCUUCUUGUGGAACAGUCCGGGUGAUUGUGAAGUAUUAACAAAGAGCAAACAGAAAAAAACACAAACGCGUUUAAAAGGUUUUAUUUAAUAGCUGGGUCAAGUUAUUCCAUUAAAGAUAUAAUAUCACGAAGGGCGUUUUAUGUCCGAGAGGUUUCAGGCUUCACCUCAGCCAAACAGCGGGUCGUAUUUCAAAGCGGAACUCAAGUUGACUUUGAGUUGAGUUGUUUCCACACGAGCAGAUAAUCUCGUUUAUCGUGGUUACGUAGCGGAGAUGGCAGCCCUCCGAACGGCACUCCAUGGACGACUUGUUCAGGCCCUCCCCUUCUCUUUUGGCUCACUGCGGUUCGCCAGCUCAUUUAAGUUUAAUUGAACUUAAUUAAUUGCAUCUAAUUCUCCAAGUCAGCUUAUCAACUGAUUCUUUAUAAUGCUCAACUAAAUGUCCGUUUAAAGCAUGCUCUGUAAAUAACAUCAAUUUAAAAGCAAUCACUGUACUUGUUGGCCGCUCUGCUUUUGUCCUGUCUUGCUUCUUUUUCUCUCCACUGUCUCCGGCUCGCUUGUCCGUCUCCACCUCAGGCGACAGAUCUCGUCGUCGAACGCAACCCAGCAUGCAAGCCGAAGCCCGACCCCUCCACUUUGGUGUUCGGCAAACAGUUCUCCGACCACAUGUUGACCAUCAACUGGUCGGAGAAAGGCGGCUGGGAGGUUCCACAGAUCAAACCUUUCCAGAACCUGUCGCUGCACCCUGCCAGCUCUGCCCUGCACUACUCCAUAGAGCUGUUUGAAGGCAUGAAGGCGUUCCGUGGAGUCGACAACCACAUCCGCCUCUUCAGACCCAUGCUGAACAUGGAGAGGAUGCAUCGGAGCGCUGACAGAAGCUGCCUUCCUCUGUUUGAUAAAGGUGAACUGCUGGAGUGCAUCAAGAAGCUGGUGGAGAUCGAUCAGGACUGGGUUCCCUUCUCCCAGGAUGCCAGCCUGUACAUCAGACCCACCUUCAUAGGAACUGAGCCGUCUCUUGGCGUGUCUCGGGCAGGACAAGCUAUGAUCUUUGUCAUCAUCGGCCCAGUGGGACCUUACUUCGCCACAGGGUCCUUUAACCCUGUUUCUCUGCUGGCAGAUCCUUCAUUUGUUAGGGCCUGGCAAGGAGGUGUCGGCGCCUAUAAAAUGGGAGGCAACUACGGUCCUACGAUAGCAGUGCAGAACGAGGCGGUGAAGCGUGGCUGUCAGCAGGUCCUGUGGCUGUAUGGAGAGCAGGAGGAGAUCACCGAGGUCGGCACCAUGAACCUCUUCAUCUACUGGACCAAUGAGAAAGGAGAGAAAGAGUUGUGUACCCCUCCUCUGGAUGGCAUCAUCCUCCCAGGAGUCACCAGGCAGUCUCUGCUGGACCUGGCCAGAGGCUGGGGUGAGUUCAAGGUAACGGAGCGCACAAUGGGUAUGAAGGAGCUGCUGGGGGCUCUGGAUGCUGGGAGGAUCCAGGAGGUGUUUGGAGCGGGGACAGCCUGCGUCGUGUGUCCUGUCGGCAGCCUCCUCUACAGAGGAAAGACGUACCAGAUCCCGACUAUGGAGAACGGUCCGGACCUGGCAAAGAGGUUCUACAAAGAGCUUACUGAUAUUCAGUAUGGACGCAAAGCAAGCGAAUGGGCACCACUGGUCGUUUAAACGGCCUUAUUGCACAUGCCAGUUGUAUCAACAGUUAGUCCUGUGAUUCCAGUUUGGACAAGCAGCCCCCCCCCAAACUCUCAACCCACUAAUGCACUCCUGCUUACUUACCAACGGAGGAGACGGACGCCUCUCUGUCAGCCUUCUCAGGCAACUUUAACAGGUUUCUCUCUGCGUGGACUCUCAUAGGAAUAUGGUUUGUGGUGCGAAUGUCUCGCUUUGGAAAGCAAUAUUAACAACGAUAUGCAACAUUUUGACUUGACAUGACCCUUAACGAUGAGGUAUGCAAAGCAGGAAAAACAUAAAAAAAAACUACAAGCAGCCAGAUGAUGAAAUGUGGCUGCUGGUGAUGUAUUAGCACGAGCACAUUCAAAUCUAAUUGGGUCGACUUGCAAAAAGGAUACACUCCAUUCAAGUGCUUGUCCUCGUAUUCACUUGGAUUACUUCCUUGAGAGGACACUGCUUAUAGUUAAUAGCACAAAUAUUAAUUUUUACUAACACUGCAUUUUGGCAUUAACCAAAAAGGCACAAACUGACAUGUUUCAAUCAUAGGAGGUGAAAUAUUUGCAAUAUUAAUGCAGCUAUAUAUAGUUGAUGUUUAGGAAAGUUACUGGCAGCACAAUGUGGACGUGUUGUUUGUCAUCAACAGAUGUAAAAAAAAAAAAAAAUAAAAAAAUGUAUUUCACAACAGGAAAAAAGUUCUAUCAACAAUAACCUGUACUACUUGCAACAACUUGUGGUGUUUUAUCCAAAAACCUUUUAACUGUUACAUGUGAUCAAUACCUGUGAAUGCAACAUAGGAUAGAGUUUUGUUUCCGUUGUGUACAUAAUGAUCUAAGAGAGUAUUGCUGUUAGUUUUUAUGGGGCCACGUCACUUUGACACCACAGUUUGCACUGACCUUGUUCAAUGUCAGGUUUGUAUCUUGAGUGUGACUCAGCUUUGUAAGGGAGGGAACAGGAGCGGGUUUUAUGUGUCAUUGGUUUUGCUUGUGAAGACUGCACUAAAAAACGAAAGCUUGAGAUUAAGAAGGUCAAAUGAUAGGACGAUCCGCUGUAGAAGAGAAGGACUGUUACAUGCUGGCAGUGACUCGUUUGUGUGUAAUCACUAUGGCAACAAAUAGUGUUGUUCUCUUAGGGGUUUUUAAAUUCAUAUUUUCCCUCGUCUUGAUGUGAAAUUAGGCCGACCGUCUUCCAAAGUACUGUGCUGUAGUCUGGGCCUUGUGUCCUUCCCUCUCUGGUUUUCCUCACUUUUGAAUGUAUUGUUAUUUUUUACACACAUACUAUAUCCACCUGUUCCUCUCUUCCGUCUAAGUGCCUGACCUCAGUCUGUUAGCUUGUUGUUCUGUGGAUCUUCAGCUGCUGUUGUUGUUUGUUUUCCAGUGUCUGCACUAGGGGAUGUAGCUGGAUUCUUUGUCAGCUUUUAGUUAUUUUUAGUUUUUUCUUUUUUUUUUUUUUUUUUAAUUGUGCUGUUACGUUUACUCAGCUGUAAUGUUUUUACAAUAAACCUGAUCUGAGUCCAGUCU